CUGGCACCUCGAGCUUCCUCAGGCAGGCGGUGGGGAUGGGGGUGGGGGGAUGCCGGGUUCAUCGUCGUGCUGCCAGAAGCCCAGUCAGUUCUCUUUGAGCAGAGAUUUCACUACGUGCCAAGCAUUCUACGGUUUUGCAGACCUUGCCAGCUCCCCUCUGGGUCUUGGUGGACAAAUAGCUAAGCAGUGUGUACACACAGCCUCGUGCGACGUCCGGGCACACCGUAUCCGUGGCCAGCACCUCACGGAGCGCACCUGAAGUCUGUCUACAGUGAGGCUCGUGCCCCCCAGAUGUUCAAUGAUGUGGAACGGGUGUUUCUGGUUUUUAUCCCUAUGAGCUAUACGUCUUUGCGCUGAGUCAGCUCUGAAUGUAAAGGCGUUUGCGCUAACAGCUCCCGAUUCUCCUGAAGGGAACGUCGGAUGAUGAUGUCCCGUGUCCAGGCUACCUGUUUGAGGAGAUCGCCAAUCUCCCACGAGUCCCUGGGCAGCAGCCAGUGCCUCCUGGAGUACCUGCUGAGCCGUCUGCAGAGCGGCUCUGGCCGCGUGAAGCUCAAGGUACUGAAGAUCAUGCUGCACCUGUGUGGUCAUGGCUCCUCGUCCUUCCUGCUCAUCCUUAAGCGCAACCCCGCCUUCAUCCAGGAAGCCGCAGUUUUCACGGGACCCCCGGAUCCUCUCCACGGGAACAGCUUGUACCAGAAGGUGCGGGCGGCCGCCCAGGACUUGGGGGCUGCCUUGUUCUCGGAUGCCUUGUCACCUCUGCCUCCCUCCCAGCUGCCCAGGGCCCUGCCUCCAGCAGGCAUGGGCUCCCAGUCCAGGCCCCAGACCGCCCUACAGGGCUUCGGCUACAGCAAGGAACGGGGCCACACAGGCUCUGCAGGCGAAGCCUUCCUGUCCACCAUCCAGAAGGCCGCAGAGGUGGUGGCCAGCGCCAUGCGCCCUGGGCCUGAGAGCCCCAGCUCCCAGAGGUCCCUUCUGCGAGGUGACGCCUACCAGCCAGCUGUGACACCUUCAGCCAGCCUCGGCCCUCCAACCCCCGGGAACCCUCUCCCGACAGCUGGCCCAGGUGCCCGAGCCAUGAGACACCAGCCUGGGCAGGCCGGAGGCGGCUGGGACGAGCUGGACAGCAGCCCAAACUCUCAGGAUUCUUCCCAGGAGAAUGACGACCUGGGCAAGGCCUCGGAUUCAGGUAGUCCGUCGGGCAGUGACAGCCCCUCAGGGGCCAGCGGGGCACCCAGCGACCUGGCAGAAAGGGUCGAGGCCGUGACCCUGAGUGACUGCCAGCAGGAACUGAGCCUGGUCCGGGCCGUGACCCGGGGGCCGCAUUGCUUCCUGAGCCGAGAGGAGGUGCAGCACUUCGUCAAAGAGUGUGGACUCCUCAACUGUGAGGCCGUGCUGGAGCUGCUCAUCCGCCAACUGGGCGCAACCAGCGAGCGCGCGCAGAUGAGAGCCCUGGGUGCCAUCGCCUCCCUCGGGCGCACCGACCUGCUCUCCCAGGAGCGAGUCCUGCUCCUCGCCCGGCCUCGGCUGCAGGAGCUCAGUGUGGGCAGCCCCGGACCCGUGACCAACAAGGCCACCAAGAUCCUGAGACACUUUGAAGCCUCCUGCCGACAGUGGCCCCCUGCCCAGAGGCCCCCGGCCGAGCCUGGCCCUGCAGUCGCCCGUGUGGGCCUAUCAGACCUGCUGACCGACACCCUGCCUUUCACCGGGGGCCAGGCCUUCCUGCAGCCUCUGAGUUCAGCUCUGUUUUCGCCCAAAGGCACUGCUCCCCCAUCGGGGCUGCAGCUCGGUCCUAUGCCCCCGACUUCCCUGGAUGGAUGCCCCCUUCCAGCCCAUGCGGAUGCCAGGGAGGCCAAGACCAGACUGGCAGGUUUCAGAGAGCAGGGGGCUGGAUCUGAGCGGGGCCUGUUCGGCACAGACACUGCAAAGGGAGGGCCAGAGCUUGACCCGGGCCCCGGGGAUAGCUGUGACUCCUUGUUUGCUGGCAUGGAACUGGUGGCCUGUCCCCACCUGGUGGGGGCCGGGACUGCUGCAGAAGAGCCCCUCCCAGCCUGCCAGGAUCCCUGGACAUCGUCACAGAGGGUGGCAGCAAAAGAGCCUUCUGGCUCUGAGCCAUCAGCUUUCGCAUUCUUAAACUCAUGAUCUUGUCAGCCUGGGCCACUUGCAGAGUCUCUGCGUCCCCCAGCCCCUGACUCCUAGGACCCUGUGCCUUUGUGCUGUCCCCCCGUGCCCACAGCCUCUGUGUCCCACCAAAGAGUGGCUCCCCUCAGGUGUCUGCAGUCGGCCUCGCCCUCCUCUGGCCUCCUCCCCUCACCCACUAAGGCCUCGGUGCGGGCAGCCACCCAGCCAGGCAAGCUCAGAGUGGACAGCCCACCCAGUGACGAGAACAGCCACCAGUAAAACACAGGUAAUAUUUCAGGAGUCCACGCACCAGCCAGAGCCGGGCCGGCGCUGCUGGAAGGGGUCGUCCUUGCCCGUGGGGGCUGCUCCCCAACCUCGUCCCUGAGGUGGGUUCCCCAUUUUUCUGCUGGGGGGCAGGGCCCCCCCACAGCCCACCCCGUGGGUGUGAUGCCUGAGGAGCAGCCCCCCAAGCAGCCCACAGGACAUGCAGGGAGGGUGGGACGGGCACAGAAUGAGGAGCUGCGUGCUCGCUGAGACUGGCAGCCGGCGGGCCCUGGGCUGCCGGGUCCCCCACCUCACAGCCAUCUGGUCUGGCUGGAUGAGCACACCGCCCGCUUUCCCCAGUUGCCGAAGGGAUCCUAAGGGAGGACAGUGGGGUGGGUGGUAUGGCGUGGCCUGCCUGGAGGGCGUGGGAGGGAAGGCCUGCUGGCGGGGCUCAGAGACCAGACGCCCCUCGGAACUGUCCUCAGUCCCCAGGGUCCUCACGGGCACACAGAGAGGGGCACCGGGGGGAGACAGAGAGGCCCCAUCUGCAGGCUGAGCCCAGGCCCGGCCCCGAGCCAAGCUUCUGCUGUUUGCAGACGACACUCCUGAAAGGAGGACCGCAGGGCCACCUCAGUCAUUCCCCCCUGCCCCCGCUGUCUCCUUGGCCAGAGACUGGCCAUUUGGACUUGAAUUCCUAUAGCACAGGCAGGCACAGGGCCUUACGAGUGCUGACCUCGGGGUCCCCUGGGGAAACCCCUGCCUGCCUUGCCCUCAGAAAGAAGGAUUUUUGGGUGGAUUUGGAAUCACUGCUUGGGUCUUUGAGCUCAGAUCCUUCUCUCAGCGGGGGUAGGGGGGGUGUCCUAAGCAGCGUCACACCUUCUUCUCCAGCAGGAUGGGGCCCUUUCCAGCAUUGGGUCCCUGUGUGACCCAUGUCAGCUCCCCCCUGCCAUGACCACUGCCUGCAGACUGUACAGCCACCUCAGAGCAAUGGCUGUGGUCCCUCUUGGAAGAACUGGGGUUGACCUGGGGUCACACCUCCUACAUAAACACUGCUGUUCCCACAAAGCUGCACUGUUUGCUUUUUACUUUUAUUUUCCAUCUUUGUGUGUGUGUGUGUGUGUGUGUGAAGAUGGCUCUAAGGGGCACACGGAGACUUCUAAAAGCAGGGACAGGUAUUUCUUCCUUAAAUGUUUGGAAAGACUCCCCAGUGGAAUUGUCUUGUCCUGUAAUUUUCUAAACUGCAAGGUUUUUAACUCUGAAGUUCAAUUUCUUGAGUAGAUUUAGGACGAUCUGGGUUGUCUAUUUCUUCAUAGGCGAGCUUAAGUAAUUUUUUUUUUUUUAAUUUAUCUUUGGUUGCGUUGGUCUUCAUUGCUGCACACGGGCUUUCCCCAGUUGCAGUGAGCGGGGCCCACUCCUUGUUGUGGUGCGCGGGCCUGUCACUGCAGUGGCCUCUCGUGGAGCACGGGCUGUAGGCGCGCAGGCUUCAGUAGUUGUGGCACGCAAACUCAGUAGUUGUGGCUCGUGGGCUCUAGAGCGCAGGCUCGGUAGUUGUGGCGCGUGGGCGCAGCAGUUAGCUGCUCCGCGGCAUAUGGGAUCCUCCUGGACCAGGGCUCAAACCUGUGUCCCCUGCAUUGGCAGGUGGAUUCUUAACCACUGCACCACCAGGGGAGCCCCAGCUAUAGAGUUUUUCUAGCCUACUUUUCAUUAUUUUUUCAAUUUCUAUGGAGUCCCACCUGUCAUUUCUGUUACUGAUAAUUUUGCCCAUUUCUUGGUUAGUCUGAUUA